CAUGAGUCUUAGGCGAGCUUUUCCCGAGCUGCGCUCCGCCCUCUCCCGCCGAGCCCCGCUGUCUACAGCGCCGGCGACCCGCGAGCAGCACGCCGCGGGCCUGGAAGCCGUGCGGGGGCGCGGGGCGGCCGAGGCCGCGCGGCCGCCAGUGCCCGCCGUGGACUUCAGCAACACGCAGGAGGCGUACCGGAGCCGGCGCAGCUGGGAGCUGGCGCGAAGCCUGCUGGUGCUGCGCCUUUGCGCCUCUCCCGCGUUGCUGGCGCGCCACGAGCAGUUGCUCCGUCUUGCCAGGAGACUUCUGGGGCAAAGGUUGUUCGACAGACUGAUGAAGAUGACCUUCUACGGGCAGUUUGUGGCUGGUGAGGACCAGGAGUCCAUCCGGCCCCUGAUCCAGCACAAUAGGGCCUUCGGCGUGGGCUCUAUCCUGGACUAUGGUGUGGAGGAGGACCUGACCCCCGAGGAGGCCGAACGCAAGGAGAUGGAGUCCUGUACCUCAGCAUCGGAGAGGGACGGCCACGGCACCAGUAAGAGGGAGAAGCAGUUCCAGGCCCACCGGGCAUUUGGAGACCGCAGGGAUGGCGUUGUCAGCGCCCGCACCUACUUCUACGCCAGCGAGGCCAAGUGUGACAGCCACAUGGAGACGUUCCUGCGCUGCAUCGAGGCUUCAGGUGGCGCCAGCGAGGAUGGCUUCUCAGCCAUUAAGCUCACCGCACUGGGGAGACCCCAGUUUCUGCUGCAGUUCUCAGAUGUGCUGACCAAGUGGAGACGGUUCUUCCACCAAAUGGCCGCAGAGCAGGGCAAGGCCGGCCUGGCUGCCAUGGACACGAAGCUGGAGGUGGCUUCUCUGCAGGAAAGCGUGGUGAAGAUGGGCAUCGCGUCCCGGAUGGAGAUUGAGAACUGGUUCACUGUGGAGACCCUUGGCGUGUCCGGCACCCUGGACCUGCUGGACUGGGGCAGCCUCAUUGACGGCAGGACUGAGCUCUCCAAGCACCUGGUGGUCCCCAACAUGCAGACAGGACAGCUGGAGCCCCUGCUGUCACGGUUCACUGAGGAGGAGGAACGGCAGAUGACGAGGAUGCUGCAGAGGAUGGACAUCCUGGCCAAGAAAGCCAGCGAGGUGGGCGUGCGGCUGAUGGUGGACGCCGAGCAGACCUACUUCCAGCCGGCCAUCAGCCGCCUGACGCUGGAGAUGCAGCGCAGGUUCAACGUGGAGAGGCCACUCAUAUUCAACACGUACCAGUGCUACCUCAAGGACACCUACGACAAUGUCACUCUGGAUGUGGAGCUGGCUCGCCGAGAGGGCUGGUGUUUCGGGGCCAAGCUGGUGCGUGGCGCAUACAUGGCCCAGGAACGUGCCCGCGCCCUGGAGAUUGGGUAUGAGGACCCUAUCAACCCCACGUACGAGGCCACCAACACCAUGUACCACAGGUGCCUCAACUACGUCCUGGAGGAGCUGAAGCACAAUGCCAGGGCCGCAGUGAUGGUGGCCUCGCACAAUGAGGACACCGUACGCUUCACGCUGUGCAGGAUGGAGGAGCUGGGCCUGCACCCCGCCGAUCGCCAGGUGUACUUUGGACAGCUUCUGGGUAUGUGCGACCAGAUAAGCUUUCCGCUAGGUGAGCUGGGCUUCCGGUGGGGGGCGGCGGGGGGGCAGGGGCAGAGGCGCUGGGACUCACCACCUCCACCCCUGUGUGCAGGCCAGGCAGGCUUCCCCGUGUACAAGUACGUGCCUUACGGCCCUGUGAUGGAGGUGCUGCCCUACCUGUCCCGCCGAGCCCUGGAGAACAGCGGAGUCAUGAAGGGCGCUCAGAGGGAGUGGCAGCUGCUUUGGCAGGAGCUCAGGCGGAGGCUCCGCACGGGCAGCCUCUUCCACCGCCCGGCCUAGUGCUGUGGCCACGUCCCAACGCAUCCUUACCUGGGCUGCGACCACCCAGGGCUACAGCCCGACCCCAACCUCACACACAACACCUUUUACAUCCCAAACUCUGAGACCCCGCUGGCCCCUGCCUGUGGGCACCCAGGUGCAGGCUAUGUCCGUUACCUGCCAGAGCUGCUGGGAACUGUCAGAAACUGCCCUCCAGUGAGCAAGCAUGGCUGCAUCUCUGUCCACCCCCACGACCUUGGGCCUGAAGAACCACCUUCUGCAGGGUCUAAUCCAUGGGCCCUGAGCCCCACAGGUGGGCAGUGGCUGACUGGGGAAGCUGGCCUGUCAAUAAACCACUAUUUCUGCA